AUGAAGACUUACUCGACGUGGACCAAACCCUCAGCUUCCCAACACAUGCUUAAAUUUUUUCGGCACGCCGACCCUGAGACGAAGCACAUUUCUAGGGCUGCAGAGGUUUUCCAAAAGACUCUUCGUGUCCUAAAGAAGAAAGUGAAACAGAGAUAUAAUCAGGAGCUCACAACACCCGCUCAAGAACAACUGUUGUCAUGGAAACAUUUGAAGCUGAUUGCAGAGCUGUCAAAAUGUCCUCCUACAAGUCCAGCCACCUGUCGGUACACCCAUCUCUACAAGUAUCGACUGAUAUCAGGACUCUGCAACAACAGGCAAAAUCCUCGCUGGGGAGCAGCCAACACUGCCUUGGUCAGAUGGCUACCAGCUGAAUACGAAGACGGGGAGAGCGAACCAAAAGGCUGGAACCCAGAACGGCUCCAUAAUGGAUUCCAACUUCCCCCGGCCCGGACAGUCAGCAGGGAAAUAAUGACGAGUGCUUCUAAAUGGAAAGAUGAUUCCUAUUCUCAGCUGCUGGUGGACUGGGGCCAGUAUAUAUCCCAUGACAUAACCCUGACGCCUCAAAGCACCAGCACCGAUGGGUCAGAUGUGGACUGUUUAAAAACGUGUGAAAACGUGCAUCCGUGCUUUCCCAUUAAGUCUGGUAUAAGACAAGCCCUGCAGCGACAACAGCUCAAUGCCAUGACUUCAUUCAUUGAUGCUUCUGCUGUCUACGGCCACAAUCAAAAGCUGGAGAGCUUCCUUCGUGACCUUCCUGGCCGUAAUGGAAAACUUGCUGUCAAUGCCCGAUUCAAAGAUCCAAAAGGAAGGCCUUAUCUCCCAUUUGUAACCAAGCUGCCAUCAGCCUGCCACCAAGAUCUGCAAGGGGAAAGAGUUGAAUGCUUCAGUGCAGGAGACAACCGGGUCAGCGAAGGUCUGCCUCUGACUUCUUUGCACACGCUGUGGCUCAGAGAACACAAUCGAAUUGCAGAGGCACUGAAACACAUCAACGGUCACUGGAGCCCAGAGAUGAUAUACCAAGAGACUCGUAAGAUCAUAGGUGCACUGCACCAGAUCAUAACCCUAAGAGACUAUGCUCCAAAAAUCAUUGGCCCAGAGUCCUUCAAACAUUACAUUGGUCCCUACAGGGGGUACGAUCCAUCUGUGGACCCCUCUAUCGCCAACGUGUUCGCCGCAGCCGCAUUCAGGUUCGGCCAUGCUACCAUCUCCCCAAUCCUCUGCAGACUGAAUGAGAGCUUCCAGGAGGAUGAGCGCUUCCCCCACUUGAGACUGCACAAUACUUUAUUCAGUCCAUGGAGAAUAGUCAAAGAAGGGGGGAUUGAACCAGUCCUGAGAGGCGUAAUUGGAUCUGCAGCGUCAGCUGUUAGCACAGACAUGCUGUUGGCUGAUGAAGUAACAGAGAGGCUAGUGGUCCUUGAUACACUGAAGCAGAUGGACCUGGCUGCGCUGAACCUGCAGAGAGGACGAGAUCACGGCCUCCCAG